GCCUAUUGAAUGAGCAUUUUUCAAAGGCAAUGAAUGUUUGGCUUGAGUUAUGUUUCGAAGGCACAGGCCUAGUGAUACUAGCGCAGUUAAGUCUAGGAAAAAGUUUCUAAGCGAAAAAGAAAGUGCUCAUAAAAUAAAGCACUUGAAGAUUCUGAUAGAUACCCUACCAGAUGAUGAACUUCAACCAUUUUUCGUUGAAAAUUCGUCUCUAAUAUUCCUAGUGUUUAGUGAUUGUUUCUUCAGUUUGGAGUGGGAUGUCAAAUUAAAGGGAAGCAGUAAUUGCAUUAAAGAUUUGGAGGUAGUGCUUACAGUAUUUGAGAAAGUACUGUUAUUGUUGCCGGAAUAUAUCCACCAAAGAUGGCAACAUAACUGUAUCAUUGAAGUAAUUGAAGAUCUCCUGUACGAAAAGAAUGCGCUCACUAUCCGUAAAAGGGGAAUCAGGCUAUUUUUAAUAUGGUAUCAAAUACUUGGCUUAAAUGCGACAUCUGUCUGCCACAGACUUUUCUACAAUCUAGUCCCUGAAUUUGGCUCACUUAUUGCAGAAUAUCAAAAGCGUGAAAAAUGUGAUCAGCUCAAGCACAACCAUCUUCAGGCUAGAAAGUUCUCGACGGAUACACGCGGGCAAAUGAUGCAAGAGUCAAGAUCCUCGAAUGUUGUUGCCCCGCGCGAACGGGUCGCACUCCUAACUGCCGCUGCUCUAGGAGAGGAUGAAUCGUCUGACGAUAAAUCCCUAGUCCUGCUUCGGGCACUUCUACGUUUCCUUGCCUCAGAAUCCUUCAAGGUCGAGUGGUCGCAGCUUCGGUAUGAGCAGCAUUUAAUGCAGUUAUGGUUUCUGUUCGAAAAGUUAAAACAUUCGUACCUCCCCGUUAUUUUUCCAUGUUUAUCUCCUUUAUACUCAAUAUAUUCGCCCUCGAUCUCAUCCCAAGCGAACAACACAGUCCCAUUAACUUCAAAUAUUUUACAGGAUUACCCAAUCCAUCCAUCACGUCUUUCCUACUAUCAGUUAGAAUUUGCCUGCUGGUUGGCAACUUUUGUAUAUACUGGUCCACGGGAAUCAAGUCAUGCUAUCUCUUCAGACGGUGGCUUCGAUUCAAAUUUUACUACCCAUGGUUCUGUAGUUGGUACUACUGGCCCAUCUUUUAACCUGGCUGGCAGUUUCCCAUGGGAUACACAUGGUGAUCCAAACGACUUUCUUCUUUCUCGACAUUUCCGCUCAUUCAUAGGUUGUCCUGGACAUGGUGAAUUCGAAUCUGGAUCAUAUUCAAAGGUUAACAGUUACUCCAAACUUUCGAGUUCCCCACCCGUUCAAGCAUCAGUUUAUCUACAAAAUGGCGACGAGAACUUUGUCCAGGAACCAACUAACCUGGCUGCGCCAAACCUCUCUCCUAAACCAAACAGUUAUCUACUCAAAGAUACUGUUGUAAUUCCUUCCACUGUUCAAACAUCUCCACUUCCACAAAAAUUUAUUUUCACUGAACUAUUUUUCAAUUACGAUGAAAAAGUCGUUUCUAUGGUUCAUGAAGUGUUAUAUGGAUGUAGACAAAAUAUUGAUUUGGUACAUGAUAUUUUACAUCAGGCAUUGCUACUUCCUUUGGAAUGUCACAAAGCUCUUUUCUUUAUCGUUACAGUUUAUGGUUCGUGGUUGGAAAACAAACACAAUCGCCCAAUUUUUAUGCAAGCUUUAGAUAGUCCAAUGAAAUGUAUUAGUCCGCCAGUGAAAUCACAAGUAAACGCAUCUUCAACAGAACACAGUCAAAUGCUUAAAACGAAUGGCCGUAUGAAUGAUCCUAAACAAAUUCAACAGUCGCAAAUUGAAGAUUGUCCUAUUGAUGUGACUAUAUCUAAGGAUGAUGUUGGCGUCAACGAUCCAGAAGAAUUGAAAGGUUGUUUACAGAAUACAAUUCAGAUUAUGUUGGAAAAUAUGGCCAAUAUAUUUUAUGCCAGUAGUUUAAAUCCUAACUUAUCGGAAUCACAAAAUACAAACAGAAUCAGUACAACUGGAACAGAUUAUACAAAAUAUCAAAUUGAUUUAUGCCGUUUAGUGUUACAGAUUUUUCAAUUUGCUAGUAACAGUAAUGAAUUAACUUCAGAGACCUGGUCUAAAUUAUUGUCCAUCCUAAUGGAUAUAAUGCGCAAAACAAUGGUUAAUACUUCGCCAAAUAAUGUUCAGAAUUACAAAUGGUUAUCAAACAAUAAACUUACACAGAAUCUUUUUCAGACUUUAAAUGGUGCUUUAUUACGUGCAUCUCUAUUUUCUACAAUAUCUUCAGAGUCAUGGGACCAGUGUUUAAAUGUUUACUCUCAGUUAAGUCACUGGCCAUCACUGAUAAUUGAAUGGAAAAAAGUUAUGCGAAUGUUAACAUGUACAAUGUCUAAAUUGGUAUAUGGUGUAGAUUUGUCAGAUUUACCUCAAGAAAAGAAAGGACCUCGAAUUAAGCGUUUAGCAGGUUCUACUAUUCUAGCUACUAGAACUCGACCGAAGUCAUUGACUGAAGCAGCGUUGAAUUAUCAUAAUGACAAUACUACUAUUACUACUACUACUACUACUACUACUACUACUACUACUACUACUACUACAAAUAUUACUGCUACUACUAUUACUACUACUACUGCAUAUAACAGCAGUAGUUUAGCAACCGUUUUGUCAUCACCUCCUGCACCUUAUGCUAGUGCAUUAUCGGUUUUAAGUAUUCAUCAAAAUUCACUCGACGAUGAUAAUUUGGCGUUAAAUACUAACUCCAUUGAACUACAUUUAUCAUCACAGGAGAAUUCACAAAAACAAUUUGCUACGUAUAAUGAACUGAAAGCAUCAAGAAAUAAUAAUAAUACUAGGCCGUGCAUUGAAAAAUGGACUUUUGACCCUGGAUCCUCUGAAAACUAUGUAUUGGAUAAUAAUAGUAAUGGUAAUGUAGUGGAUAGCUAUAUCCCUUCUAAUGUAUCUUCAAUUAAUGGCACUCAUGUUGAGUCGAAUUCACAGGCGUUAAGUAAUGAUUUAACAGAGGUAUAUGGUAAUCAUUCUCUGCAUAAUUCACGGUCUAUUUCUCAUGAAUUAUCAAAUCAAAAUGAAUCAAAGCGAUUUAAUGUAACCGUUAAAAGUGAAAUAUCGAUAUCAGAAAGUAGACGUAUGUCAUCUGUAAGACGUGCAACAAGUGAAAUCACGCUGGAAGUUGUUAAGUUUGAUCUCGAUUCACCCCAGAGUCCAGUGACAACUUAUUACGAUGAAAGUAUUGAUGUAGGUACUACAAAUAUUCCUAGAUCAUGUGAUAAACUAAGUGAUGAACAUUCCACGUUAGAACCAAAUCGCAAAGAUACAUUGACUACUGCCCCUUCACGAGUAGUUUCCACUACUAAUGAGACUUCAAAAUUACCUUCAACUGCAUCAAACGAUCAACUCGACGCAGCAGAUCUACCUCGCUGUAUUCUUGCUGGUGGCUCAGCUCUUGGAUGGACUCACGAAUCAAUUGUUAUUUGUUGGCGUCGAUUUUUAGGUAUUCUAGGCAGUCUUCAUAAAAUUACUAACCCAACAACAAUGAAUGAUAUAUUCAACUAUUUAAAUGAAAUGACUUCAUGUCUUUUAAAAAUUAGAGCAUAUCAAAGUGUUCCUUCUGUAACCGAGAUAUGUGUACAACCAAUUCCACAAUUUGUACCACCUGUGAAUUUUAUUGCACCAAUAUUAUUUAAUACAAUGAGUCUUUCUGAAGAAUUUAUAGAACCUAAAAGAAUUGCUAUACGUACACUAUGUGAUAUAGUUAUACGUUCUCAUGAUGGAUGUCCUGACCCAGAAUUAAUUGCUCAUUUUUACCAUCUUAUUCAUCAAAUAAGCGUCUCAAAACAAGAGAACUAUGUCUUCGAAGUUAUCCGGUCAUGUAAUAUGCGUUUGUUUGGGUCUUCACUUCCAUCUACACACUUACUCAUACUAGAUUUCUUAAGCGAUGUCAAUGUUGUUUUAUCAAAUCCUAACUGUGGCACGGAAAUUCCACGUUCUGAAGCGAUAUCCAUUAUAUUAUCCCUACUAUGUUACCCUUAUCAUUUUAAUCAUCUUGAAUCGAUCGAUCCGAUGUCAAUGAAAGCUAAAACUACUUUGUGUAUAGAUUUAACAUCAAAAUUGGUUCGCAGUUUAAUACAAGCUGUCUUGUCAGAUCCAUCUGGAGAGGUUCGAUGCCUGGCUAUUACUGGUCUAUCAAUUUAUUGUGUCAUUGAACUAAUGAAUACAUUUUCAAAGGAAUCAGGAACUGUAUCAUCUGUCAGUUUUACAUCAACAGACAAUUUGUUUUUCGAAUCCAUCAUAAUUUUAUUAGGAAUGAUGCGGUUUCAAAAUAGGGCCGUAUCUAUCGUUGCAGUUGAGAUGAUCAAUACGCUCGCUGAAUAUUGUCAUCUUCUGUUAUAUCAUGAUGCGAAAUUACCCUCCCUAGUGUUGUUGUCACUUGCAUGGACUUUAUAUUCUACAUGGGACAAUACAAAUCUUGACAGUAUGUCAUUAACUGAUAAACAGUUCUUUCAUAGUCUUAUUCAAUCAAUUAUCGAAUGGUCUAUCCGUAUACCGUAUGAUCAAUUAAUAAAGAAUUUUGAAAAUAAAUCAGAAUUAAAAUUAUUACCGGCAUCGAAUUUAUUAGAUACAAUAAUUGAAGUGUUAUGCUUCAUUACAUCGAAUAAUACAAAUUCACAAAGUUUAAUGAAUUCAGUACAAAAUUCCAAUUAUCCUCAAUCUAAAAUCUUAUCAAGUAUUAACUUUACAGAUCCUUUAGGAGAAUACAUUAAUAUAUUUAAACAAUCAAUUGAUAUUAAUUUAUUCAAUGCUCCAAAAUCUGACCUAGAUCUAUCCACAAUGACAGCAAAGUCUUGGAUUGCAGCUAACGCUGAGAAUAGUAUGAUGCUAUAUCAUUAUAAUGAUGAUAUGAAUAGUGCAAUGGAAUCAGUACGACUAGCAGCACGAAUGGCAAUGAGUCAUUUACUCAAUCAUAUAGACCAGUUUCCAAUGUCGAAACAAUGUGUACAACUGAAUACAUCCAUACAAGAACGUCAUGAUCAGUUAUCCCAUAGUAUAUCAUCUGCUCAAAAACAAUUUACUACUAACAAUCAUAAUAAUAUGGAUGAUUUAUCCGAAUUAACAGCGGAGAUUUUUGAACGAAAUAAUUUACAAAUAUUUGUGUUAGAUCGUUCAAUUAUAUUGACAUUCCUAUCAUUACCCAUUGUGAAACUUCCUGACCAAUUGAGAAAUAUCAAUGAUAACGUAUUACCUACUACAAUUAGUAGUGAUAAGGACAAUACUGAACUACAAGUACUCGAGUUCAACAAUUCCACCUAUUCUUAUCUACCAUUAUCAUAUUUAAAUUCUAACGAUGUCGAAGUGGAUUCAUCAAAGUCUAGUUUGGUAACAGAUAAAUUCUAUACAAGAAUUAUUACACGUGAUCUAUCUGGUAAAUAUAGUUGGGAUGUUUCUUAUUUAUAUGCUAGUCUACUUGAUAUGAAAGAAAAACAGGAAACUGAACAAUUGAAUGAACUUACAAAUACUAAUUUACGAUUGGUUGAUUCUGAUAAUUCGAAUUCACACUUGAUCACACGCGAUCCACCACCAUGUCCUCCUCCAAGAGUAAAUCCGCCCCCACUGACAACUAACAGGUUAACACCAAAUACAAUUGAUCAACUCGAUCGACUAAGUGACGUUCUAAGAGAUUUGGCAAUAACUAGUCCAGAAUGUUCAAUUAACUGGUGCACAUCAAAGCUAUGUGAAUAUGAAAAUUUGAAAAAUAUUUCCGACAAAGAAAAAACAGCUUGUUUGAAUAUGGAGAAAGUGACAUGUGAUCAGAUAACUGCUCAAUAUCAAAUAGAUGAAAAUGUGACUCAUCGAAAGUUACCAGAUAUAGAUGUAUUAUCAUUAUAUAACUCUCAUAUAUCUUUACCAAAAACUGGUUAUAGAAAUUCUCUGAAGUAUACAAUACGUUCAUUAAUCAAUGAUAAGAAAAUAAAUGUUCAUGAAUUAGAAUCAAUGAAACAAAAUACUUUACAAUUUUAUAAUUCACGUCAUUUAUUAAAUCAACUAGGUUAUUUAUCUUGGAAGCAUAGACCUACUGUUGAAUUAUUACAAAUAUCUCCAGCUCUUAUACGUGAAUUAAAACAUUUGGAUAAUCUUGGAUCGCGCGAAACUCAUAAACUUGCUAUAUUCUAUGUUGGAGCAGGACAAGAGGAUAAACAGUCUAUUUUAUCAAAUCAAACAGCUAGCUUAGAAUUUGAAAAUUUUGUAGCUGGUCUUGGCUGGGAGGUUGAUUUACUUAAACAUAAAGGAUUUCGUGGUGGGUUAGAAUGUAGUGGACGUGCUGGUUUAUCCACACCAUAUUAUGCAACAUCUACUUUAGAAGUUAUUUUUCAUGUUUCAACAAGAAUGCCUUCAUCUACUCAAGAAGAUUUAAAGUAUAAACAUUUGGGAAACGAUGAAAUUAUGAUUAUAUGGAAUGAGAAUUCACGAGCUUUUAGACGAAGUAUACUACGUACACAAUUCGGCGAUGUAUUAAUCAUUAUUUCACCUUUACUUAAUGGAUUGUUCAAAGUUGAAGUACGACGUGAAGCCCAGGUUGGUUUAUUUGGACCAAUUGUGGAAAAUGCUAUUUUAACUGCAAAUGUUCUACCAGGUCUGGUCCGUGCUACAGCUAUUAAUGCUAGUCGUGCUGUUCAAGCUACUAAACCGGGAUAUCGUCAUCCAUAUGAGGAUCGUGCUUCAAGUCUACGGCAAAUAAUAUCUAAGUAUACAUUGUCAACAUGCUUUGAAGAAUACGCUGAAUCGAUACUUUUGCCAAAUUCAAAAAAUGUUGAAACUAUUUAGCUUCAUCCUAUGUAAGAAUUAAAUUGUUUGUGUAUGCAACUCGUACAGGCUGGGGGGUUUUUUUGUUGCUUUAUUUUAAUGUAUGUUUAGACUUUUCAUAAAUUCCUGAAUAGAUCGCUUCAUUUAUUUAAAUAAAUAUCUGUUGAUUGUUUGCCAACAGCGUGCAUGUAUUAAUGAUCAUCAUUUAUUCCCUUCCAUCAAUUUUUUGUCUGUUCAAGCGUAAAACUAUUGAAUUUCUCUGCAUAUUUCAAUUGCUUCUUAUUGAUCUGUAGGCUCAAUUAUGUCAUUGGAACAAGUAAUUACUCGCCUGCAUGAGGAAAUAAAACGUUAAACUCCUACUACCAUAAUUCUAUUCUAAGUAAAUUUAGUGAGUGUGCACAAUUUCGUAUUCGUCAAUGGUCUACUUAUUCAUCAUUAUGUAAUGUAGCUGUAAUCGUGGUCUCUGUUAGCUUAGUGUUAUUCUGUUUAUUUUUCCAACUACUUUUCACAUUUACUUGCAUCUUGUUUUGUUUAUUUAUCAUGGGUUUGGUUAGUUUACACUUGUGUUUAGAAGCAAUUUAGUCUUUUUUCUUACUGUUAUGUUAUAAUUGCUACUAUAUUUGUGAUUAUCUUUGCUUUCAUUUUGCUGUAAAUUUGUGUUGUUUCUUGGUUUGUGUUUUUUUGCAUGUACUCUGUCGUUGUCGCCAUCAUCAUCUUUGUUAUUGUUAUUGUUGUUUGUAUUGUUUGCUUAGCUGUGUAAUUUUGAUGGUUUGAAAUUGUUUAACGUUUUUCCAACUUAUCAGUUAAGUUAAUCACUUUGUUUUCACUCCUUUUCAGUGCACCGCAAUCAAUCAAAUUUAUCGUUGAAUCGAGGUGUAGUCAAUAAAUCAGGCGGCGUAAAAUUUUCUGCUGUUCCUCCCACUACACAAGAAACUUAUCAUAGUUAUUCGCAAAACUCAGCUUCUGAUCUUGCUCCUAAUGAUAUAACUAAUAAUAAUAAUGCUCUAAAACACACUGAUGAUGUUGCACAAACACCUAGUGUCCGACAGAGACAACAAACCGUUUCUUCAUGUCGUGCAACAAGUGCACAUUCAAGAACAUCAUCAGUGACUCGUGCUAAAAGCAUGUUUUCGCGGCAUCAUGUUGAUAAUUUAAACACUAAACCUAUUUCUGUCAUUUCUCAACCUUCAUUGAAAACUAAUUCUGCAACACUUCAUCACCAUAACGAAACUCCCGAUAUGUAUAAAGCAAAUGUGUUUAAUUCAGUACCUAGUCCACGAUUGUUUCGAGGAUUAAGAUCUCGUCAACAUAGUGGCUCCAAUAAAAUAAAUUAAACAAAACAUGUCCUUUAUCAUACAGCCUGUUUGUGACUUGUUUAUCAUAUCAGCAAAUUUUUAUCGUUUUUUUUUAUUUUUUAUACUUUCUGAUCACUUGUGUGUAACAACUAUUAAAAGAACCUUUUCUUCUAUUUCAUCACGUGAAAGAUUUAACAUUUGAUGCUCUUUAUCACAGUUUUAUGGUUUUCUUAUUCUAAGUACGAUAGUUAUCGACACUUACAAUAUUUGUAAUGGUGUAUAUAAUGUUGUUCUCUUUGAACUUUGUUUGACUUCGUGAUUAUUAUCAUUCACAAUAAUAGCUUCUACUACUGG